UCACUGCCAGGGCCAUUGUAAGUUUGGGAGUUUUCAUAGCUGGCCAGCAGGCUAGCAAUGCAAAUCUGAUAUUCAUUGGUCUGGAAUGAAAUUCUUACUCACCAUGGCAACCGUCCAAGGAUUGGAUAAAUACACAAAGAUGGCGUAUGCGGGGAGCCACAGCACCAGUUUGCCGGCCUGCAACAGGCUGCUGGAGAGAAAAUGGAACGACAAAAAGCUACACGACCUUCAGCAAAGAUUGAGAUCUACAAGAUCUACUGUUGACAACAAAGCUCCAAAAGAUUAUCAACACAUCAGACAGAACAGGAAGAAAGCACAGUUAGAGGAAGAAAGGAUGGCUGUCAUCCAAAGACACAAUGAUCAGUUACUACAGAAGAUGGACACCAUUAUGCACACAACAGGUCGAGUAGACCAUCGUAACAUGGACUGGAAGCCAAAGAGAAGUCUUAACUUUUUCAAGAAGAAUGAAGAGAUAAGUAGAGUAAUGAAAGAGAAUCAGACCUUACUCAAGCGAAUACAGGGAGCUAGACCACAGUACAGCAUUCAGAACUGGGAGCUUGAUUUUCAACGACAUCGUUCAAUGAGUAAAAACAUUUCGCUACUACCGCCAGUGAAGCCUCAAGUAAGGACUAGAGCUAAGACGUUACCUUGUGAAUUAGAAAUGAGUGCUGGAAGAGUCAAACUACCACCAAUCAAUUCACAUACCAGUCGACCGGAAACUGAAUAUAGUGAUAUUCAGGAAGAGAUCAUUGAUGUAGAACAACCAAUCACUGAACUGAAGAGUCAACAACAACAAUCCAAUGUUUUGUAAAAAUAAUAAUAAAAUUCUCAUUUUGAUUUUGAUAC